UACGAAUUCAAAAUGGAAUUGAAAAAGUUAGGUUCUGAGUUUUAUGCAUGGUUAUGGAGGAAACAACCCCAUACAAAAGAAAGCACUCAGAGAAUAUCUAUACAUUGUUGCUUAUUCAUACCCUUUGAUGUCUUUGCCUUCCUUUUGUUAAUAUUCAUUGAGUCAAGCUGGCUAACUAAAGAAGGAUAUUUCCUGAAAUCAGCCCUCCAGUACUUACUAGUUUGGGAUAUUACCAUGUAUUUAAUUAGACUCUCUCAUGUCAUGAAGGAGUUCAGAGAGAUAUAAACAUAUUAAUAGCGUAUCACAAUGUAACUCACAUCUGCCUUUGAGUUAUCUUUCUUCGAUCUGAUUGCUUGAUAUAAAAACCCAGGCUGGCAAAUCCAUUGGGUUCUUCAAUAAAAUCCUGCUAUUCCUUGCUUACUUCUUCAUCUUCUGCAGAACAAUUUACCAUUCAGUGAUGAUCGUUUAUACCAUCCUAUGAGCUCCAUGAAUUAUAAAGUCGAUUCUGGAAGGGAUAAGAGAAGACCAACAUUUUUAUAUUGAACAAGCAUCUAUUUCAUCGCUAAAUGAGAUUAUUAUGAAUGAAGUGAACUUGAAUAAUGAUUAUCGUGCUCGUCAAAAUCAUCUCCAGCUAAACCUUAUCCAAGAAGAACACAAAUACCAAACUCAUAAUCAUUGGUCAUAUGACCCCCAAGUUCUAAACUCUAAUCCUCCUCGAGCAUCUUCACAAAUCAGACACCCGCCCAGAAAUUCCCGCAACGCCAGGCCUUCAUCUAACCCUAGAAACUCACUUCAUACAAACCCAAAUUCCAACGAUCCAUUAUCCAGUCUCAUCGAAGUAAAAUAUUCAAGCCAACGUUCAAGACUCAAAGGUAGAGAUUGCCCAAUCUGCCAUGACCAAUUCGGUCCAAGUUCAAAACAAAAAGAACAUAUCUUCCACUCAAAAUGUAUCAAGCAAUGGUUAAGGAAUAAACCAGAGUGUCCUAUCUGAAGACUGGGGAUAUCCUAAAGAGGUUCUUUAUGGUAUA